UCUGCCAGUUUGCAGCAUUCGUAUUCUCGUCUGCCGUUCCUGCUGGAUAAAGGAUUGGCAGUUCACAUCUGCAUAAAUGGAUAUCAGAUACUGCGUGCUAUUGACAUGUGUUUUAGCUGUCAUAGAUCAUAGUAGAUCAGGAUUGGCCGAAAUACCAGAACCUUGCGUAAACUCAAAAUGUUCCGGAGGCAAAGUCUGCUUUAAACCAUAUGGCGGAGUAGAUUCGAUUUGCUUAUGCCCAAUAGGAUUCACCGGGGACAAUUGUAUGACACGAGAAUUCGGAAUGCCUGAUAGUUGUUCUUUUCCGACAAAUGCCGUAGACUAUUGUGAGGCAAAAGGUGAAUGUGGGAUUGCUGGAGGGACAUGUGGUAAAGGAAAAGUGUGUUGCGCCGAAUCAGAUGCUUGCACGUUCACUUGCAUAACCCCAGGUUGCUCAAACCCAUAUGAUCUAAAAAAGUGUACUGAUGAUAACAAAGUGUGCAAUGACGAUAAUUCCCCUCGCGGAUUUAGCUGCUAUUGUCCUAUGGGAUUCUAUGGUGACCAGUGUGAAAACCGAUUUCCUGGAAUCGACGAUAAAUGCGAUGUUCCUCAAAUUGAUAUAUGCGAAAGUUUUCAAAACCCAACUUGCGCGGACACUUCCUUUUGUGAUGGUGACAAAAUAUGUUGCUCAACAGGAUGUGGGACUAGAUGCGUAGAUCCUCCAAGCCAACCUCAACCAGAGCCACCCCCAGCCAAAGGAAGAGGCCAACUCGGCAUAGAUUCGUCUUUUAUACAAUUAAUGCUGCUAACAAAUUUAGCUAAACCACCUCCCCGAGCCAGACCCCGAACCGUUCCCCGAGCAUGUCAACCUAUUUGUGGUCGAAUAACCUGUCCAAACAAUGUUGGAGCGGUUUGUCAACCUAUAAAUAACGGAUGUGAUGGUUAUUUCUACGAUCAAUACAACAAGCAAAUAAUAACCCAAAUGUGUCCAUGCCCCCCCAAUGCCCAAGAACAUCCAAACUGCGGCCCUGAAUGGUGUUUUCAAAACGGAAAACCACUUACGUGCACUGCAUUUCCUGAUGCCCAUUGUCGCAUAUCAAAAUGUAAUGGAUGUUACAGAUACUGGACAGAUAGUAAAGGGAAACAUGUCAAUUGUGGCUGAUAGCUUUAUCUUGUAUUUAAUUUUUUAUUAUCUUUGUAACAAUUAACAUUUUUCUAGUUUGCAUAAACUUGACAAUCAGUAUUUAAUUAGGUAACAGUCAUUGUAAAAUUAAAUUUGUUGAAUCUGUGUAAUAAAUAUGAAGUAUGGUUUCGAGGACAGGAGUUGCUACAUAAGCCACUCAAGGUGUAGCCUAACACUUGGUGUUUAAUCAAAAAUAAAAAAUAAAUACUGGAUAUGCA